GGAGUGGGCGGGGCGUACUUCCGGAAGUUUCUGAAUGUGUUGUGAUUCUGUUUAUAUAGCGAGUUAGUCUCAGUUUUCUUUUCUUAUAAAAGGAAAAUCUGAGCUUUAUACAUUUAAUUUCACGCCGAGAGACAAGCUGAGGACGGUGCGGGCUUGUUUCGCAGUUUGUUGUUUCCAUGGCACCCCCAAAGAAGCGCACGCUGCCCAAACCUUUACCCGACAGCUUCAUUCUCACAGAUACAGAGAAGAAGAGCUGGAGGCUGGGCCGGAUCAUUGGAGAGGGAGGGUUCGGACUCAUCUACCUCGCUUCUCCGGAUGUGGACAGACCAGUUCCUUCUGACUCACAGUUUGUUGUCAAAGUGGAGUAUCUGGAGAAUGGGCCUUUGUUUUGUGAGCUGAAGUUUUACCAGAGAGCGGCCAAGAAGGACAUGAUUGAGAAAUGGAUGAGGACCAAGCAGCUGGACUUCCUGGGGAUUCCAACUUACUGGGGCUCAGGACAGGCCCAGUACAAAGACCUCAGGUACCGCUUCAUGGUCUUGGAUCGCCUGGGGUGUGAUUUGCAGAAGAUUUGUGAUCAAAAUGGAGGUCAGUUCAAACCCAACACAGUGCUGCAGCUUGGGACCAGACUGGUGGAUGUGCUGGAGUUUAUCCAUGAAAACGAGUAUGUCCACAGCGACAUUAAAGCUGCCAAUCUACUGCAGGGGCACAGAGAUCCACACCAGGUUUACCUGGCAGACUACGGCCUGUGUUACAGAUACUGUCCAGAGGGAGUACAUAAAGAGUACAAAGAGAACCCCAAAAAAGGCCAUGACGGGACCAUAGAGUACACCAGUCUGGACGCACACAGAGGAGUGGCCCCGUCGCGGCGCAGUGACCUCCAGAUCCUGGGCUUCUGUCUGCUGCACUGGCUCUGUGGAGAGCUGCCCUGGGGCAGUCUCCUCCAGACCCCAGGGCAAGUCCAGGAGGCCAAGACCAGGUUUCUGCAGAAUCUCCCUCAGUCUGUGAAGGAGUUUUCAUCCAGUCGAGUCGGGACAGAUGAAGUGGCGUCCUUCCUCCUCUAUGUGCAGUCUUUAAACUAUCAGGACAAACCAGAUUAUCAGCUCCUCAGAGGGAUCCUCAACUGCUCCAGAUCUCAACUGGACCUAGACCCUCCCCGCAGACCUGAGCCACUCCCUAAGUCCAGACCUGAGAAGCCAUCAUCAAGAAACACGAAAACAGGACGAGGCCGAGGUCAGUCCAGAGCUGAGCCGAUGGAGGUCGAUGAAGAGGAGCCGAGGAGGAAGCCCAAACAGAUUGACCCCAAAUAUUUAAGAGGGCCUCCCAUCUACAAACCACAACAGUCCAGAGCUGAAGGAUGUCCAGAGGAGGUGGAUGAAGAGGAGGAGGAAGAGCAGAGGAAGCCCAAACAGAUCGACUCCAAAUAUUUAAGAGGACCCCCCAUCUCCAAGCCACAAAAGACUGAAGGACGGUCUUUACCGGUCCGAGCGGCACGGCUAAAAUCCAAACCAUACCCCAUAGAUGAUUCUGAUGAAGAUGAGGAAGAGGAGGAGCAGAGACUGGAGCCCAUCGCUGUGUGUCACCUCCGAGGGGCACUGAUCAGAGACAGAGACCUCAACACACAGAAAGUGAGGACUCCAGAAAGAAGUCAAAAGUGCCAAAAAGACACAGCAAUUCAAAAUGGCACUGAGAAUCACUUUUACAAAGACAAAAACUUCCAAAGGGAAUACUACAAAAUCUCCUUUAUAGGAAAGGACCAUGCACCCACAGCAGUUCCCACCCGCUCUGACCGGAUCAGAGUAUUCUUCUGGUGGCUGUGCGCUGGACUCUGUUUCCUGGUCGCUCUCGUUUCUUUGAGUUUUGACAUUCACUUUUGUACUGCCAUUUUCACUGUGAUGGGCUGAAAAAUAACACAUCAGUGUUCAAAAUUCAAUUUGAUCAAAUUUUACUUUGUAAAUUUUUGUGAUGUAACUUAAAGAUGCACUAUGCAAUCUUUCUAGUGGAGGGUUUGCCACCUGCUUGUUUCCAUGGAGAUAGUAUUGCUUUGCCUGGAAUAUUCCAGUUUGGCAUUAAAUGUAUCUUUCUUGUGUUUAUUCAACUGCAGGUGUUUUUAUUGUUACAAAAAUACUUAACCUUUGUGCACCACCUGCUUGUCUCCAUAGAAAUAAAUGACUGUUACACUUCAGGCGUCCAUGGAGAUAGUGUUUAAUGCCUUGUGGAACAUUCCAACUAAAACAAACUCUCAAUAGGGAUGAGAGGGUGAUCAAUCCUACAUCAGAAAAGUUACAUAGUUACCUAUGUUCAUCAACAUCUGUCCUUACUAUGAGCAGACAUGCAUCUCCACAAAAAGUUAUACUUAUUUGGCCUGGAGGAGCGUCUCCUCGUGUUUGUUUUUCCAUCAAGAUGCCAAGAAUUCCAUGGAAUGUAUUGCUUUAAUUUUCUAUUUCCACAAAAAUCAACUGUUCCACCAAUGUACUGUCCAGCUUGUUUUGGACUAUUUUACAUCAGUGUAUUUUUCUAUGAAUUUGGUGUGACUAUCUAAAUAUGCAGAAUUUGCAAAUGUCCAAAUGAUAACACUAUAGUGUAGAGUACAGAAUAAUAUAACAGAUUUUAGAGUUCUUCUGUCAAAAGGAAAACACUUAACCUUGUGAGUCCUCCACUGUGUGUUUAGAAUCAUCUGGAUAAUUUCAGCCCUGGAAUUGCCAAUCUCUACUGAGCUAAAGGUAAAAAAUAGCUGUUAACUUAAACUACAGGUUCAUGACAUCGCAAGGUGGAACAGAGCAUUUUGAGCUUUGCAGAUGUAGACAAACUAAUAAUAAAGGGUCUCUCAAAUGUGUGAAUGACACAAAAACUCCAGGUCUGUUUUUGAUGUGGUAACAGCAUUAUAACAUGGCUUAAGGAGUCAAUCUGGCCUAACAGAGGACCUUUAAUAUUAACCACACAAAUGCAGUAACAUCACCUUACACCCAUGUUUGGAACAACACUGCUUUUUAAGUUGAGUUUUUUGCAGCUUAUAAACCGUUUUCUUGAGACAAUAUAAUCUAGUAUUUUGAUGCUCAGUAUUCAUUUUUGUUUUGUGGGAUUCACUGAAGAGGAAAUACAAUGAACAUCUUUAUGUGUUCAGAUAAGUAAUAGUUACCUCACUCUAGAUUCAAGAAAGAAUUAGUUCAUCUUUACGCUGCCAUCUUGUGAAGGUAACAGUGAAAAGUACCUUACAUGACCAUUCCUCAGCUGCAAAGUAUCAAUAAAAUACUAGACUCUUAAUUGUCUAAAACCAUCACCCACUUAUGGUCACACCAAGGACACUUCAAAUAAAACAAAAUAAAAAUAAAAAUACACCUUUGACAUUCAUUCAUAACUCAUCUUUCACUGACUCUUGAACAUUUAAAUGCAAAAAUGGUUAUUGUCCUCUCCUCUUUUUAUGACAAAUUAGACAAGUUUUUUUUUAUUUUAAAGGACCCAUAUUGCCCUAUUUUUUGAUCUGUGUUAUGGUGUUUCCUCACCAAAAACAUUGGCCCUCAUUUACAAAACUUCUGUACGGCAAAAGUUGUGCAUAUAUUUGGAGUACAACCAAAAUGAGCCACUCUCCUGGAUUCAUCAAAACUUGAGAAGGUGGCCUUGACUGGAGGUGGUGUACCACAUACACCAAUUUCAAACAUAUGGCAAAAUGCACUGGAAAACUACUUUUAACUGCAUGUAAUGUAUUGCCCCUUGUUUCUUUUAGGAACAAAUGCAGUAUAUUGUAGUUUGCGUGUUAAGCGUGUUUGCUUAUGAACUACUGUUGAGGCUAUGCUUUUUAAACUUUACUACACCUCCAAAGAUAUAACUGUUGUGGUAGAAAUUUGAGUAUUGUGUGUUGUUGUUUUUCCGUUUUCCAAGAUAGACUGCAAGAGGUAUUAAAAGCCACACUAUUCCUCUUUAGUUUCACAGGAAGGCUAUAGGGAACUUUGUGUUUUUCCAUUUGCAUGUCUGCUGUUUUAUUUCACUUGUCUAUUGUUUGAUCAUCUUUACCCGUACUCAAAUGCUAAUGUGAAGGUGUCUCUGAGCUAAGGCCAAAUAGCCAGCCAGAUGGACCUCAGACAGUAUUUAAGUGUUGUUACCCCAUGGGUCUGGCCCCACCGCAGCAGAAACUCUGUCAGUACUGGGACUAUUUGUUUACCAGCGAAAAUGUAAUAAACCAAUAUACACAGUC